AUGAUUUUGUCCUCCGAUAUCUUGGUCUUCGUUACCUUUGUCGCCUCAUUUUGGCGCUGUAUUGCCAAAACUCCUUUUGCGGAGGCGGCGAGCAUCCCAGCAACUCGUUUCAGGCCUAGGAACGAACCCAUUGUUUUUGAGGUGCCGGUUAGUUUGAGAAACGUUUUCCCGGCUGUGAACUUCAACCGCAACGUCACGACCACUUGGUGGGAUACCGAAGUUCUCGAUGGUCAUCCAACAGAAGAAGCCUUCAAGGUCACAGAGGCUAUGAAGAAGGCUUCAUUCGUCGUUCUGGAUAAGGACAUGUACCAGAUUCUGAAAAGGGACGAAGGAGCAGGUUUUACUGCCGUGGAGACAAUCUUCGACUUUCCUCCUGGCCCUUCGUUCGCUCAACGAAUUGUGCAUGAUGGAACGGUUUUCUCCCCAGAGUGUAACUGCAUAUUUUUUGCCGAGUUGCAUCCACCAAAGCCGGGAUUCUCAGCUGCUGCGAUUCCGUGGGUCUGGCGUGUAAAUCUCAACAACACUUUGCCCCUUACUGAGAAGGUGUAUCCUUCGCCGCAACUCACAGUUCCGAACGGCGCAUACUACCACAAUGGCAGUGUUUAUUGGGCCCAGGAAGGCAACUUCACAAGUCCUGGUGGGCUAGUCCGGAUGGAUCCCGUCACUCUGAAAACAGAGGUGGUCCUGAACAAUUUCCUUGGACACCGCUUCAACAGUCCUAACGAUGUUGUCAUUACGAAGGAUGGAGUGGCUUACUUCACAGAUGGCUAUUACGGAUUUGACAACUUCAAUGAUACUUUGAAGCCCGAAUUAGCCAACGGUGUAUGGAGAUGGGACGCCAAGACGGGUGACUUGAGAAUGGUCGCAGGUGCCGCCGGUGGUCCAUUCACCAAUCCCAAUGGUGUAGCCCUGAACAUUGAAGAAGACAAGCUCUACGUCACCAACCGCGGUAACACGUCGUCAAACCCUGCGGGAGGUCGGACGAUCUAUGAGUUUCAACUUCACCAGUCAGGAAUCCCCUUACGCGGGGGCGAUGUUUUUACAUACGCUGAUUCGGGAUUUCCGGAUGGAGUCAAGCUGGACAGAGACGGACGGGUUUACGGCGGUGUCACAGGCGGGGUCAGUGUUUUCGACGCCGAUGGCAAGCAGCUCGGAAUUAUCAAGGUCGAGGAAGGCGAUGUCGCUGUGAACAUGCAGUGGGUGAACGAUUGGCUGUACAUAGCUGGCAGAGACCACCUGUACCGGGUCAGGUUGAACACAGGUGGCGUUCAGUCAUUUUAG